AUGUUUAAGUCUGGCCAAAGCUUUAAAUGCGGCGAUAUCAUUGUGACUGACACCACCCUCGCACAUGCCCUCUAUGAAUCCGAAACGGCCAAUUACUGUGCCUACUGUUUAACCCCCUCAGACCACCUGUCGAGCUGCGCCCAGUGCAAACUUGUCUACUACUGCAAUCGACAGUGUCAAAAGGCCGGCUGGAAAUUCGGUCAUCGCGGUGAAUGUAAGGCAAUCGCAGAGACUGGAAUAUUGCCGUCUGAUCUACAACGCGUUCUCCUUGCCCUCAUCACCACGGAGAGGUACAAGGAUGCUUCCAUUUUUGACUCCUUCGUUUCGCGUAAGUAUCACCUAACCACUUCCGCCCAAAUCAGUAGAUCGCGGCGAGAAUCUCAGGGAUCCUGA